CAACCUGUCACAAGACAUGAAGAUACAGAAAAAGUGAUCUAUCAUCAAAUACCCAUCACAAAACAUGAAGAAACAGAAAAGAAGAUCCAUCAUCAAAUACUCAUCCUAAAACAUGAAGAUACAAAAAAUGUGGUCUAUUAUCAAAUACCAGAAAUAGCAAAAGUUAAAGCAAUAUUUAAAAGAGACAAACUUAUUAAAAAAGAAUAA